AUGGCUCUGAAAGCAUCUUCAAAAUAUCAACUGCCUUCUAUUGAUAUUCCUUCAUUCAUAUCACAUUCAACUGGGCUUCGCGAGGACGGUACCGAGUUAGUUUCAGCAACCACGGGAAACGCAUUUCUCGCCUUUAUCUGCCUGCGUUUAGGCGAUUUGUUCAGGUACAAG